UCAGUGGUGGGACUGAGGCAGAGGAGGGUGGAUAGAGCAGCAAUAGAGACAAAAACAGAUCAUUAUACAGCAAAUGAGCAAAGGCCACUGAAUGAAUAGCAAGGAAGGGAUUACAAAGCACAGGACUAAAAGAGGAGAGGACACCAACUGAUGAGUCUUUCUCUCUCUCUCCCUCCCUCCACACUCUCUACCCUUCCUGUCACCCUCCCAGCUCUCUCUGAGGCUCCCAGACGAUCUCUGUGAAAGAUGGCAUGAGCACGCUGUCACCCAUCCUCCUCGAAUGGAUUUUUUUCUCCCUUUUCUCUGCUCCUCUUUUUGUCUCUCUGUUCAUUUUUCCUUUCUCUGCUAGUCUUUGCUCUCCACACGACACAAGAGCUGAAAAGGAGACUGACCCUUCUUGCACUGAAGCAGGACCCGGAGACCCGGUAGGAGAGUGGGAGGCAGUCUGAUGACUUACACCUACUCUUUGACCCAGCCAAGCAAAGCCUGACUCUCCCCUGGCGGCCCCCUCCCUGCAGCCCAACUGCUCAGUUUAGUGGAAAAGUGACUCGAAAGCAUGUUUGGAUUAAAGACUCCACACUUCUACAUCCCAGGUAUGAACCAUGAAUCCAACAAAUCGGCAUCAUUAGGAAUGAUCUCCACAGCGACUCGAACCACGGCUACAGUCAGUCCCCUCAGCCCACUAACCAAUGGGAGCGCAGUUGCCCAGUCUGCAAACUCAGGAUUUGCCGCAGCCCUUCGUAAACUUGCCAAGCAGGCAGAAGAUCCAAGAGGUUCUGCUGUCAGCGGUGAAUCCUCUCCAGUGUCUUCCCCGGCCACCAGCCACAGCUCCCCAGCAACCACGCCCAAGCGGGCUUCAUUAGGGCCCUUCUUGGGGCAGAAUAGGGGCCGCGGUGUCCCCAGCACCCCUCCUGUUGUCACCAUUGCCCCCACCAAAACCAGCAACGGCCUGUGGAGGACAGAAGGACGACAGGCGGAGUUGAGCAUUCAGGGGCUCAGCAGGGAGCGAGUAGCAGCUGAGAGCAGUCAGCCACAGCAGGAUAAGAGGACACCGCCCAUCAUCUCACCUCACCCACUGGCCUUUGGUCACACUCCCAGUAACAUCAUGCAGGACCCCAGAAUUCAAAGCAUAAGUUUACCUGGGCAGAUGCACUCUAUGGUUCCUUCGGGUGCCAUUCCUGAGGAAUACCUGAGGGCUCUCCGGCCCUUCGCCAAUUCAGAAGACCUCCGCCUGACUUCUCUGUCCCUGAGCCUCGACCCUGCUGUCGCUGCCCACGCUGCCAGCGCUGCUGCCUACUACCAUCCGGCCUACCUGCACCACCCACUGUCCUUACCAAGGAUGGAUGAGUCCCUGUGUCUUUCUGCGCUGCGCUCGCAGUUCUACUCUGUGCCUGCAGGGGGCGCCUUCCCUCCUCUUCACCCCUCUGCCCUGCACUUGCACCUGCCUGGAGGACGCUACACCAGAGAAUUAAAUCACACAGCUUUGUCUGAGAGGCUACAGAUGGAGAAUGAGCUCCGCCAGCGUGAGAGAGAGCAGGAGCGUGAACGAGAAAAAGAAAGGGAGCGCGAGGCCGGGCUGGAGCGAGAGCGAGAGGAGGAACUUGAGAGGGAACGUGAGAGGGAGGUGGACAGACAGAAGGAGAGACAGAGGGACAGACACCAGCAGAUGGUCAGAGCCGCAGAGAGCCACUACCUGGCUGAGCUGCAGGCUCGGAGGCCACCGCCAGAGGACAGGUCCAGGCCUUCAGAGAGGCUGACCCCGAACAGACUGGAUAAAACGAGGGACUCGGAUCAUCAGAGUUUUCCAGGGCAAAAGCCACUGGUUCUGCAGCCUGGCCUUCACUCCUCCAGGGCCUCUGCCCCUCACCCAAUACCCAACCUGUUGCCCUCUCACUUGGGGAAGCAUCGAACUGCAGCCCCUGGGGGGAUUCCUGCAGCUUUGGUAUCCACAACAAUGAAUCAGAGGACCAGUGAUGAGGCGUGGUUAACACAGCAGCAGCAGAGAGAGGCUGCUCUGGAAGUUAGUCUUCGAUCUCCUGGUAAAGGGGUGGAGCCAAGAAGAGACAGAACCCAUUCGCUCUAUCAUAACACGAGCAACAAAGAUGUGCCCGCCUGCCUCGGUGCCCCGCCUCCUCUGAUCUCCCCUAAAGGUCCUUAUCACCCUCACGUCCCUCCUACCACCCUGUGGAAUCCAGCUUCUCUUGUUGACACACCGACAGACUCUCGCAGAAAACUCAACCCCUCCACACCCCCCAUUCGACCUCCCCCGGGACUAACCAGAGCUGACAGACCCUUAAUGAGCUGGGGGGAGAGAAUGGAGGAUGCAGGCAGGAGGACUGCAAACAGCCCAGAGAGGUACCCUUCGCUAAGAGGAGGGAACCUCCAGGAUCGUUGGAACAAGGCUGAGGAAGCUUGUGUGGGUCAGAACCUGUAUUCCCGACAUCACAUCAAGACCCUCCACCCCAGGCUUCGUGUGCCUCCGAGUGACCUGGGGGGUCGCAGCCAGGCAGCUUCUCCGCCACUGCAGAGGGAACGCCAGCGGCAGGCUCCAGACAGCGUUUUGGUUUACGACGAGGUUCUGCAGCAGCACCGCCGACUGCUCAGUAAACUUGACCUGGAGGAGAAGAGGAGGAAAGAGGCCAGGGAGGGAGGUUUUUAUUAUGACCUUGAUGACUCAUAUGAUGAGAGUGACGAAGAGGAAGUGAAGGCCCAUCUGAGGAGAGUGACAGAGCAGCCCCCUCUCAAACUGGACACAUCCUCUGAGAAAGUAGAUUUUCUCCAUUCGUGCGGUCUCACCACUCUGGCUCAUCGAGAUGAGCUUCUAUCUCAGAAGAGGAGGAAGAGGAGGAGGAGGAUGAGAGAGCGCAGUGUUUCUCCGCCCGCAGUGCAGGGCAAAAGGACGAUUUCCUCACUUUCAACACCUUCAACCCCUCUUUCCACCUCAUAUUCUGCUGAACAGAUGGAUAAAACCCCUGAGCUGAAGGAGAAAAAAGACUUUCUCCAUAUGUUGAACCUCACCCAUGUUAACCCACAGCAGAGGAGAGAAAAGGAAAGGACAGAGGAACUGCUGAUGGCUAUUCAGAGGAAGACUGUGACUUUAGACACCCUCAGAUAUAACCCUUCUCCACUGUGUAGAAGCCCCAGUCUUCGCUCAGCUGGGGAUUCCUCCACGGCAGCUGUUCCAUCUCCGUCAAAUGGACACCUGUACCCCGACUCUCCGAGCCCUUCACCUCCCUAUUUACACAAACCUAUGCACCUCCAUAAUAACACACUAAAACCAUCCAAGGAUUCCCAGCUGGCCUGCAAUUCUCCUCCCGUAGCUCCCUAUCAGGAAAAGCCAGAAUCUAUGGAGAGUUCAAGAAAACUCCAAACUCAUCAGAACGGUGUUUCAGGUCCUCUUUCCAAAGCAGAGUCCGAUUCCUUACAGAACGGACGGAAUCGACCGUGGGAGAGGUUCACACCUGAGUCUUUUGCUCAGCGCUUCCAUCAGACUGUGCUGCACUCCUCACACAACACCCUGAAGAGCAAAGGAGGACCAAAUAGUUUCCUAGAGGCUGGUGGGAGAUCCGAUCGUUGUUUUCCUCAAAACAUCUCUCAGAAAAAAGCUGCAAACCUAAUUGCUGAGCAUACACCUAUCAACGGCCAUCAUUCCCCCGCAGCUUCUCAGGAUCCUCCAGCUCCACUAGACCAUGUGUCUGAGGGGGAGGAGGAGGACUCAGAUCAGGAGGAUGACGAAGCAGAAGAAAUUCCAAGAAAGUGGCAGGGCAUUGAAGCUAUUUUUGAAGCCUACAAGGAAUACAUGGAAGAUGCAAGCAUAGAGCGUCAGAUUCUGUACAGUCAGUGUAAAAAACUUGAAGCUCAGAACUGCAACCUGACCAGAACUGCGGAGCAGCUCUCUGUGACGAUGGGGGAGCUGGUGACUCAAAGGCAGAAAGUGAGGGAGGAGAGAGACAGACUGCAGGCCCAGCUCGAGCACUUCAGGAGGUGUUUAACACUACCCAACAUUCACUGGGGCAGAGGCCAAGUCAACGUUCACCUGUCAAGGUGACCAUUGACCCAAACUCCAAGAGUUAGGCCUCUGACAGCAAAAGAACAGUAGUGAGAACACUUGAAGCACUUGGGGGGCAGGCAUCUUCGUAGUACCUUUCUGAAGAGCCAUUUAUUUCCCCUGAUUGUUCCCAAGUACAGUUUAUUACAUUUUCUGCCAUGUUAGUCGCUUCGAUGUGUGGCAGAUUAUGAUAGCUCUCUGUCAGUUACAAACCCUGCCUUAGUUGACUUUAAGGACUGUCCACCAUUUAACUCAUAAUAAACCAGAGGAUCUGUUCAGUCCACACCACUGAGCUCCAUCUCUGAGCACACAUCUUCAGCCUCCCAUCACAGCAUCAGAGUCCUUCUGUGCAGCGAGGCUUCAGUGAAGAAAUCAAAGCACACCUCAGGCCUUAAAACGAGACGGGAAGCACUUGAAAUAUUAUUAUAGGAAAUACUUGACAGUCCUGCUUAUGCUUUUGUUUUUACUACGUUCUGCAUUGGCCAGAACAUUGUGCGCUCAUGAAGGAACUUCAGAGAAUACGAAGCACCUGAACGUAUUUAUUGUCCAACUGCUUUGUUCAGGCUUUGAGUUUUCGUUAGUAUUGUCACUUGUGAUAGAUGAAGAGUUUUGUGAUAGAUGAAGGUUAAUUGCUUUAACCUUUUCUUGUGGGAAGCCAUAUGCUUUGUUGGAGAAUUGCUGCUGGUCAGGAUAAAUAUGUCUAGGAAAACAAGAACGGUGGUUUUAUUUAGAAAAAUUACAACAGCAAAACGCUUGGAAAAUAAUGGACGACGGAAGAUUCCAAACAUCCAUGGUGACUAAUUUGAAUGAUUACUCCAAAGCCUUUUUUUUUCUUUUUUAAUUAUCAUGAAACAGGUUUCUGAACCCUGUUUUGUAGAUCCACACUCAUAUCUGAAGUGCUUUUAGGGUUUUGAUGUUUGAAAAAUAAAACUAUUACAAAGGAAGUGACAUCAUUUUCCUACUGUUUAUUUUAAGCAGUUUUUUUCACUGUGGAUGACAACCAAAUUGAUGUGUUUUUCUAAACAUAUUUUAUGUUUAAUGCAGAUACAUUAUUGUCACAAACAUUGUUUUUUCCUAUCUAACUUUUUGAAGCACAAGCUACCACUGCAGUUUCCCCUGAUCUCCUGGCCGUCCUGCUCAAUCCCCUUUUCAAACUUAUGUGAACUCUUGAAUAUUUGCUUAAUUGGUUGAUAUGUAAUGUAUUAUUUGGGCUGUAUAAUUGCAAUGAAUUAUUUAUUAACAUAUUGCUGUACAUUCCAAUGAAAAUUUACAUUAAAAUAUUUGCAACAUG